UAGUCAAAAGAAAUCGUAGGGCCGGCCGCAGUAGCGUCGGUCGUCGCCGCAGCCGCACGCCGCACCGCACACGCUGUUGGCGUUGUUACAAGUCUGACUGGUCGUAGCAUUAGUUCAUCAUCAACGGAUUUAUGCUCCGGUGGCUGUAACACAGAGAAUUGAAAAGGAUGUCCACAAAAACUGAAGAUGAGGAAAUUGAUGCUGGCGAUCAGUCUGGCGAAGAUGACGACGACGAAGGACUGUCUAAGCGACGGGGUACUCACACAGGCCGCAGUGUUACUCUGAGCAUGCUAAUGACAGACGGAGUUCUUCAACACGGUGAAAAUGUUUUGUCCAUCGACUAUCUUGGUUCAAGGUUCACUGGUGAUUUGAUGAAAGAUGGCAAGAUCAAGUGGAGGGAGACUCAAGAAAUUUACUCAUCCCCCAGUUCUUGGGCUGUGCACUGUAAAAAGUUGCUCAAUCCUGACAAGAAGUCUGGCUGUGGGUGGUCAACAAUACGCUACAAAGGAAAGAAACUGGACUGGUAUAAGGCCACCUGGUUUCGAAAGCAGAGGAAUAAGAAGGAAGACAGAGAAAAUAGCAAUGGUAACAGAUCUACACCUGGGGAAAAGACAAAAUCAGGCCUUGUCAUCAAAAAACCAUUGGCAUACCAAAAUCCUGUUGAACCAUCUACCCCGAAGGAGACUGUGAUUUUAAACCAUGGUGCUCUGGGGACACGCAAUGUUGAUUGUGACUUAAACACAUUAGUUGUCGCAACUCCAUUCAGCAUGCUUGACAGGAUACAGCCAUUCACCCUCACUGUUUCAACGAAUUGCCUGCUACUUAUUGACUUCCAUUGUCACCUUACUGAAAGUGAAGUAGUUGGAUACUUGGGUGGUACAUGGGAUGUUGCAGCACAUAAUGUAUCUGUUCUUCAAGCAUUUCCAUGCCGAACCAGACUUGCUGAUAGAGAAUCAGCACUGUCUGUUGAAGAAGAGAUACGGCAGUCAUUAGAACAACGUCAUCUGAUGCUGAUUGGCUGGUAUCACAGUCACCCUCGUUCUGCAGCACAGCCGAGUCUGAGGGAUUGCAACUGCCAACUGGAAUACCAAACAGUUAUGAAGGGUGACAGUGACUCUGCAUACACACCGUGUGUUGGAUUGAUUUGCUCCCCGUAUGCUAAAAAUGAAUCAUGUGUCGAGGCAAAGUAUCUUGCCUACUGGGUUAUGCCCCCACCAGAGCAUCGUCCUAACGAGUAUGGGAAACCAAUGCAAAUGAUCUAUAAUAUUGCACAAGAUUCUUUUCUAACACAAGAUCUCCUGAUGGAAAUGAGGCUCCUGUCAGAAUACUAUCGUUCAGCUCCAGAUUCACUGAACUUCUGUGAAGAAUUUAAGCCACACAACAUUUCUUACUGGGGAAAAUUGAAGCGUUCCCUGACUUCAAAGCUACCUCGUGACCUUCAGGUCACUACCAAUGAUGCUCAAGGGCAAGCUGUUGAUCAUUUCUGGGAGUUUGUCAAAGGCCUAAUAAUGCCUGUUUGAUAGCCGUGAAGGACACACUUUUUUUUCUAUGACUUUUAUGUUAUGUUGUCUCUUUUAUCCUGUUUUAUGAUCACUGAAAUCAUGUUUUUAUGUACAAGCAGAAAAAUGCAUUUUAAACAUUUUACUCGCCAUCAAUAUGGUGCACAUUAAAAAUUUUUUCAUCAAUC